GGUUACUAACUGAACGUCGCCUCCUAGUGGUUACCGUGUGAGUCACAGGCCGUAAACAGGAGCAGAGAGACCAUGAAUCCGAGCUCGACCAUUCUGCGUGUUAAAAGAAAACGGGGGACGGAUGCAGCGGACGCGCUGUUGCUGGCAUGUAAGCGGAUUCGGCCGGAGUCCGCAGCACAGUCAGCCGCGGAAUCUAUUCCAGAACCUGCAGAGGGGGAAAUUGAGAGCUCGGUCUUCAAGCUGGUGGCCACCGUGUCCUCGCAGGAUGCUCCGGUCCAGACCCACGUGCGAGCGGCGCUGUCCCGCCCCCGCGUGGCUCACGCCCUGCGCCCCUCUGCCGGCUCCGCCCACAGGAUAACCGGGGACCUCCGCAGUAUUAAGUGGAGCACCCGGAGGGAGGAGCGCUACCGCAUCCUGUCCAGCCAUAGGGCUGGUCUGGCUUCCCCCGAAGCCCCCUCUGAAAUCGAGAAUGAUGAGAGGAGCGCAGAAGAGGCUGGCCAGCAGGAGGCAGCAGAGCGACGGGGGGAUGGCUCCGCCCACUGGCUCCUGAGAGAGAUACAAGUGUUUGACAUUGUGCACGAGGAGGGUGAAAAGUCCAGUGUCCAGACUGUAACCUCUGACCCCGGAGACAUACUGUGCAACUCCAUAAAGAUGAUACGAGAGAAGCUGAGCGUGUCGGGGGACGGUGUGGGUGCUGGGCACCGCGAGAAAGAUGACGACUACGUCUAUGACCUCUACUACCAGGAGGAUGCAUCUCCUGGAUGGAUCCAAGACAUCCUCUCUGUGAAACCGUACCUGGAGGAGCGCGAGCUGGUGCCAGAGGAAGACCCCAGGGAAGAAGAGAUCUACGAGGAUGAGGAUGAUGAGAAUGAAGAAGGGAACUGGAGGAACGAUUAUCCAGAUGAGGAGGGCAGUGAGGACAACAGUGACUUGGAGGAGCGCUAUACGGGAUGUGACUAUGAUGAGGGCUUCGGCCGGCGGUCCUGGCAGAGAUACCGACGAGAGGUCCUCCAAGAGUUUGAGGACCAUGAGGAAGAAGAAUACUUGGAUUCAGACUGAAACAUCAGGCCUUUGAGAGUCUCUUCCUACUCUUGUUUGUGAGGUUGUUUGCUGUGUGUAGCUGGAAUGUCUUGAAUAAUUGAGAGUGUGUUUCUUGUGCUUUGUUGGAACUCUGUAAAUAUGUUGAUAGGCUUUUCUUUCUAUUAAAGUUUAAUGUCAAGA